UAGUUAAAAUACAAACAUGAGUAGCUGCACACUAUCAGUGAAUAUGGGAAACCUGACCAGUGGAUGUUAGUAAAUCUGUAGAUUAGUCGGUCAGUAGUGGAUAGAUAGAUAAAUAAUUUAUCAAUUAAAAAAAACGAGCGUUGGUUUUCAUGAAAUACCCUUAGAAUUCCUCUCCUUCAUUUGCAAGAAAUUGAGAAAUGAGUCUCCCUUUUUGUUUCUUUCUCCCAGACUAAAAAAAAAAACCCAAAACUUUCUCACCAUGUCCUCAAUUGUUGCUCUGUGAAAGGCAUGAAGACAAAGAUGGGCGUAUACUGAGCCUGUGUAAGCCUGCCUCUCACAUAAAUAUCAAUGUGGAGCAGAGUGGGAGCCAGAGGCAGGGAAACCAGACAUCAGAGUCACAGGUUAGAUUCAGAGGACACAGCACCUCCACCACCACCUCCGCCACUGCUGCUGCUGCUGCUGCUGCCAGCUCGACAGGCGUCCCGUCGUGAACGUCGCAGGACAGAGAGCGAUACGGACGGAGCAGCUCAGAGUCAGGAUGAAACUGUUGCUUUUGCUCCUUUUGCAUUUGGCCCUCGUUAGUGCCCGACUCUUUGCCCACAGUGGCCUUCAGGCUGCCUACAACAACAAAGGCCACGCUCCUCAGAGCCUCGGUUCCGCCAAUGGCAGACAGAGGCCGCUAUUUGCGAGGAGGGGACAGUACGAGCGACAGAGUUUGCCGUCCAGAGCGGUCUACGCUUCAUCACGUGGCCUUCCUGCGCCUCCUAGAAUCGCUCCGCCUCCAAAAGCGGCGCCCAAACCUGUAAAACCCACGUGCUCUUUGCUCGCUCAGAGUUGUUUACCCCAGAGCGGCUGCUGCGAACCGCACACCACGUGCCACUGUCGCUUCUUCAACGCAAUCUGCUUCUGUCGGAAAACAAUCUUGCAAUAUGAGAAGAAAUCAUAAAAAAAAAAAAAAAAAAAAAAAAAAAAAAAAAAAAAA